AAUUCCCUCAUCUCGCAUCUUGGGGUCUCGGUUUAUAGCUCGCGCUGACAGAAAAAAAAGAAGAGUAGUACUAGAAAAAGCCGGUCCCCGCUCUUUUUCAUGAAAUCUGUUAAUCAACCAUGUUAAAGGUCAAUUGAACUCCAUCAAUUCAGCAUCAGUAUUCAAGAAGUGUUUAUUGGUGACACAUCGAGUGAGAUUUCAAGAUGAAAUACUUCAACGUUUUAGGAUUUUUCUUCCUCGUCUACAUCUUGGUAGUCGUUUAUUCUGGUGCAUGUUUACCCGAAGAGGAAGGUCUAUCUAAACAUUUGGAAUGCAACAGAUGUAGAUGUCGGCGUGGAAAUUGGCUUUGCACAAAAAAAGGCUGCGUUUCGAAUUUUUUCAAGAGAGAAUUGCCCAUAGCUGCAGAUCUGAGGAACAUACCAUGCGCUCCCAACGAUUAUUUCCAAAUCGACUGUAACACUUGUUACUGCAAUCUGGAGCAAUCUGGCUAUCUUUGCACGGAAAAUAUAUGCACGGGAGAAGACCACUCUAUUGGUGGACCAACCACGCAAAUACCACUGGCAAACUCCAGCAUUCUGUUGAUCGCCAACAACACCGCUCAAAUAAUCAAUAAGGCAUCUGACAUCGAAGACAAUAGCACUUUCGCACUACCCAAGAUCGAUAUAACAGCUUUGAGGGACACGAGCAGACGACAUCCGAAAAUUUUCAGGUCGAAUUCUUUUAAAGGCGUUGCCAGUUCUAACGCCACCGAUGUGAAAAAAACGAAUAGUUCACGCAGACUGAAUACACGGAUGAAAGAAUUAUUCAGCUGCACCCCAGGACAAAUGUUCAAAAAAGACUGCAACGACUGCAAAUGCACACAGGACGGCAAAAACGCCAUAUGCACAACAAAAAACUGCUCUGCAGAACCCAUCCUACUGUCACCAGCCUCUUCUACAGCAACUUCACUUCUGAUUCCAGAAGAAUCAUCAGCAGUACCAGCGGAAUCUACCACACACCCUUCAAGUCCUAGUCCAACAACUCCUGGAAACAUGUCGAGUGUAGCAAACCUUUGAUUCGAUUCUCUUAUAGAUAGUGCAGUUGUUGCUUAAGUUUCGAUUAUUUUCAGCUUAAAGUUAGUCCAUUAAUUUAUUAGAUAUCGACUUUUUCCGCCAUGUGAAAAGCGUAAGAAUAUCUUAAAGAUUUAGGAACUGAAUUUUAAUUGCAAUAUUUUCGAUGUAGCGUAGAUAUUUCUGGAGUGUCAUGGCAUUUCACAGAAUCAUGUGGAAUAUAGAUUUCGAACAUAUUCAACAAUCCUUUAUUCUAGUCACCACAGUAAAAUGAAAAAUGACUUAUAAAUUGAAGAGAAAAAUCAAUCUAAUAUCGCAUUGUUAUUAUAAAUUUUCUCUAAAUUCUGGAAUACUGUACUUUUUUUUCAAUAUUACUUUUUUCUCCGAAUAUUUAUUUCGUACUCUGAGUCAUUCAGAAAGCAUGUAGCCUCAGUAUUCCUAUCUUACUUUCGCAGACAAAAGAGCAGACGUUCUUUCAAUUCAUCACAACAAAAAAAAACUAUAAAUGAGGACUGGAAUACAAGGUUUUUUAAUGCGAUAUCACUUCGAAAUUUUCUGAUUGAUGUCCCAAAUAUAAAUUGAUGAUGUAGUACGAGUAUUUUACUUAUUAAUUAGUUAAGAAAUUGUGUCAAUUAUAAGUUUUGUGUUAUGUUAAGUCAACAAUUAUUCAAGAGUGUUUUCAUCGAAAUGUGAUCACUCGUGUUGACAAGAACGUGAAGUAUUCUGCUAUUUUAAUAAACUAAUGAUGAACUUA